ACAACACUUGUUUGCUCAGUUUUUCCUUAACGCGACUUUUUCUGAUCAUCAACAGCAAAUUAAUAUUUACUGCUCUCGAUUUUGAGAAUUAUGAUAAUGAUCAUCAAUUUAUUUAAAUUAUUUAAAUUAUUUAAUAUUGUUGUUGUAAAUAAUAUACAAAAAUGACGGGAAGUUUGAGGAGUAAUCCAUCAUCACAGGCAUCAUCAUCAUCAGUGAUGAAUAGUCAUCAUAAUCAACAUCAGAUAAAACAUACGAAUCAUCAACAACAACAUCGGAAUGAUUGGGAAACUUUAAAGAAUUGGACACAUUUGGUGAUGAAUCAAACUGUGAUUUAUAAGGAUCGAGUGAGGGAUUGGAAGGAAGAUUUUUGCAAAUCCUCAAAUAUAUCUUGUAAUAGUAUUGACUUAUUGGUGUAUUAUUUAUUUAUUUUUAUUCUAGUAUUUAUUUUAAAGGCGAUUAUUGUAAAGUUAUUUAAAAAGUUUAUAGUUCCAUUCUUGGAGAUUAAGCAACACUCUGAUUUGACAUUGGAGAAGGAAAUUGAACAAUUGGAAAAGAAGCACAUACCCAAAGCUGGUAAAAGUUGUGUAAUUAUUGGUGGUUCUAUAUCUGGGUUGUUGUCUGGGUGUGUUCUCUCACAUCACUUUGAUCAGGUUUAUAUUGUGGAACAGAAGGAGAUGGUUCCUGGGCAUACGAUGGUGGCUCACGGACAUCAGACUCAUAUCCUAUUGAUGAAAUGUAUCCAAUUGUUAGACAAGUUAUUGACCAAGAAUGAAAAAUCAUUCACUGAGAGUAUGGUCGAAGAAGGUGCCUUUGAAUUGAGUAUUGAUAUGGCUGAUUAUAGAACAAAUGGUAAACCGAGAGUACCACUUAAUUUAUUGAACUUUCCCAACAUGAUUAUGAUGUCGAGGACCUUUUUGGAAAGUUGGCUCAGAGAUUAUGUAAAAAACUUGAAAAAUAUUAUAGUAUUGGAAAAGACAGAGGUGAAGGAUAUUCUCUGGGAACGAUAUCAUGAGGAACACUUUAGUUCAUAUGACAGUAUUACCAAGAAGAUUUUCUCUGCAACGUAUAGUGAAAUUCCAGAUCAUAAUACCAUUUCAGAUACAUCGAGUUCGAGCUCUCAACAACAAUCUAAUUCACCCACAUAUUUGGGAAAUAUCGUUCACAGAGCUGUAGGAGUACAGAUUAGUGGAGAGAACAAGUUUGAUGCCAUAGGUGGACAUCCUUCAAUAGAUGGAAAGACAAGCACACUUGAUGCCAGCUUGGUCAUUGAUUGCAGUGGUGUUUAUACCAAGACACCAGAGUGGAUUUUGAAUGAGGUGGCAGAAAUUGAUCACCGUGCCAAACCAAUGAAGAAAACCAAAAAGAAGUCUCAAAUCACAAACGUAAUGGCAAUAUUCAAGAUCAAGCCAGAAUGUCUCUCUGAGGGUUUCUACAUGAGAGAAAAGAAACCUCAAUGGCUAACGGUCUAUAGUAAUGAAUUUCCCAAAACUGAACGAGUAAUGGUCUAUAGAAUUGAAAAUAAUCUUGCCAUGUUUAUUGUCAGUAAAUUGGGAACAUUUGAAAAGGCCAAAAACCUAAAAUCCAAAGAUGCAGUUCUCCAAUUCAUCAAGCAAGAAAUUCCAAGUGCUUUCAAAGUAUGUGAGGAGUGUUUUACCAAGUUUGUGGGAGAGGGAGAACCACCAGUUAUGGAUUGGAGUAUUUACAGGAGAGAUUAUGUCUUGUUCAAUCAUUGGGAUACUUUGCCUUCUCUUACCAAUAAGAGAGGUAAGAAAUCAAUUGUAGAGGGAUUCCUCGCUCUGGGUGAUGCUGUUGCCUCACUUAAUCCUUACUAUGGAAGAGGAAUUGCACUGGUGUGUGAAUCUUGUUUAGCAUUGCAUGAAUCAUUGGUUGCUUCUCGAUUGGAAAAGAAGAAGAAUCGACAAAAGCACGUACAUCCACUUCCCUACACAUUCAACUUUACGUUUAGUAGAAAUCUUCAACUUGUCUUUCACUAUACCUAUUCCUAUGUUUGGUUUGUGGAUUACUUGGCAGAGGCAGUCUUUCGUCCUCAAAAUAUUUCAAAUCUAUUCACACGAUACGUAAUUUCACCUCUACUGAAAUAUUUCAUAUCACACAGUUUGGAGGCAUGUGAAACGGAUUCAUAUGUCUUUCUCAACAAUAUUCGAUUUCAAAAUAUGCUUCUAAAUUGGAAAACUCUCUUUUUGGACUUUAAAUAUUUGUGGCAUGUUAUAUUUCCAAGUGUUCAUUCUCAAACAACUCUGGUUCCUCCCUGAAUGAGUUGCAAACCAGUAGUUGGUUUAAUGUUGGUUUAAUUGAAACAAUAAAUAGGUAUUUUCUUGU